AUGGGUCUCAUUCACAAGCUCGAAGAAAAGGUGCUUCACCACGGUGACAAGAAGCAUGAACAGCAGCACAUAACAAGGCCUCCUCAACAACAAGGCUUUGGCCAGCAGGGCUUUGGCCAACAGAGUUAUGGUCAACCACAAGGCGGCUACGGUGGCGGCGGCAUGGGCAUGAACGGUGGUCGCCAGGAGUUUGGUGGUCACCACUCUGGUGGCGGGUUUGGUGGACCUUCGCAGCAAGGAGGACAAUUUGGUCCUUCAGGAGGUAUGGGUGGUCCUCAAAUGGGAAUGGGCGGUGAAGGUCACCAUGGUGGUCAUCAUGGAGGUCCCGGUGGCCCUGGUGGUAUGGGUGGAGGCGGCUUUGGAGGUCCUGGAGGAAUGGGCGGUGGACCUCAGGGUGGUCCCGGAGGCCCUGGAGGUUGGUAA